GAAGCGGAACGCUCACGGGGACCUUCAGGUUGAGGAGAGUUGUUUACCUUUGAGGACUCGCUUUGUGACUUUGGGCGAAGGCGUCCACACCUCACAGACCCUGAUUCCUUACUAAUAAAACCAGCGUAGCGAUAUUUGGCGCCCCUGCCUUCAGUUGGUUGAGGCGUAGAUCCGAAGUAGAUGCUUGUAACUUGUAAACUGCCGAACAGACGUCAAGGUAUCUUAUUGACAGCCGGUGGUUCAAGCAGUGGAAGAAGUAUGUGGGCUUCGACAGCUGGGAUAUGUACAGUGUGGGUGAACAUAAUCUGUUUCCUGGCCCGAUAGAUAACUCCGGACUCUUUUCAGAUCCUGAGAGUCAGACCUUGAAAGAACAUUUAAUUGACGAAUUGGACUAUGUCUUGGUCCCAGCCGAGGCCUGGAAUAAGUUACUAAACUGGUAUGGCUGUGUAGAAGGCCAGCAGCCCAUUGUCAGAAAAGUUGUAGAGCAUGGCCUGUUUGUCAAGCACUGCAAGGUGGAGGUGUAUUUGCUGGAAUUGAAGCUUUGUGAGAACAGUGACCCCACCAAUGUGCUGAGUUGCCAUUUCAGCAAGUCAGACACCAUCGCAACCAUUGAGAAGGAAAUGCGGAAGCUGUUCAACAUCCCUGCGGACCGUGAGACACGGCUGUGGAACAAAUACAUGAGCAACACCUACGAGCAGUUGAGCAAGCUAGACAACACUGUGCAGGAUGCUGGGCUGUACCAGGGUCAGGUGCUAGUAAUCGAGCCCCAAAAUGAAGAUGGCACGUGGCCAAGGCAGACCCUGCAGUCAAAAUCAAGCACUGCACCUAGCAGAAAUUUUACUACCUCUCCAACAUCAUCAGCAAGUCCCUAUUCCUCAGUAUCUGCCUCUCCCAUUUCAAAUGGUGAUAGCACUAAUACCUCUGGGAUGCACAGUUCCAGUGUCAGCAGGGGUGGAUCUGGCUUCUCUGCUUCGUAUAAUUGUCAGGAGUCCCCAUCAACUCAUGUACAACCUGGGCUCUGUGGACUUGGAAACCUGGGAAACACCUGCUUCAUGAACUCCGCCUUGCAGUGCUUAAGCAACACUGCACCACUGACCGACUACUUUCUCAAAGAUGAGUAUGAGGCUGAAAUCAACAGGGACAACCCUCUGGGAAUGAAAGGGGAAAUUGCAGAGGCCUAUGCAGAACUCAUUAAGCAGAUGUGGUCUGGAAGGGAUGCUCAUGUGGCACCUCGCAUGUUCAAAACUCAGGUGGGACGUUUUGCCCCUCAGUUUUCUGGCUACCAACAACAAGACUCUCAGGAGCUGUUAGCCUUUCUUCUAGACGGAUUGCACGAAGAUCUGAACCGAGUAAAGAAAAAACCGUACCUGGAGCUGAAGGAUGCCAAUGGGCGGCCAGAUGCGGUGGUGGCAAAGGAAGCCUGGGAGAAUCAUAGGUUGAGGAAUGACUCUGUGAUUGUGGACACGUUCCAUGGCCUCUUCAAAUCUACCUUAGUUUGCCCAGAAUGUGCUAAGGUUUCUGUGACCUUUGACCCAUUUUGCUAUCUAACUCUCCCACUGCCCUUGAAGAAAGAUCGAGUUAUGGAGAUCUUCCUGGUUCCCGCUGACCCUCGCUGCCGACCUACCCAGUACCGUGUGAUUGUGCCGCUGAUGGGGGCCGUGUCUGACCUGUGUGAAUCUCUCUCCAGGCUGUCUGGCAUUGCUGCAGAAAACAUGGUGGUCACAGAUGUGUAUAAUCACCGGUUCCACAAAAUCUUCCAAAUGGAUGAAGGUUUAAAUCACAUCAUGCCUCGGGAUGACAUUUUCGUGUACGAGGUCUGCAGCACCUCCACAGACGGCUCUGAAUGUGUCACGCUUCCAGUGUACUUCAGGGAAAGGAAAUCCAGGCCGUCGAGCACUUCCACUGGGGCAGUGCUAUAUGGGCAGCCACUGCUGGUUUCUGUCCCCAAGCACAAGCUCACCCUCGAGUCUUUGUACCAGGCUGUUUGUGAGCGUAUCAGCCGCUAUAUAAAACAACCUUUGCCUGAUGAGUCUGGCAGCUCGCCCUUGGAGCUGCGGGCCUGCAAUGGCUCCAGGGGCAGCUGUGAAGGAGAAGACGAAGAAGAAAUGGAGCAUCAGGAAGAAGGCAGAGAGCAGCUUUCAGAAACAGAGGACAGCGGGGAGGAUGAGCUGGGAAGUGACCAUGGCGAAACCACCCAAAAGAAGCUCAAAGGCCGGCCCUGCCCAAAAAGGCUUUUUACCUUCUGCCUUGUGAACUCCUAUGGCACAGCCGACCUAAAUUCCCUUGCAGCUGAUGGGAAACUGCUUAAACUCAACUCUCGAUCCACACUAGCCAUCGAUUGGGAUAGUGAGACCCGGAGCCGUUAUUACGAUGAGCAGGAAUCUGAGACCUACGAGAAGCACGUCAGCAUGUUGCAGCCUCAGAAGAAAAAGAAGACAGCAGUGGCCCUGAGAGACUGCAUCGAGCUCUUCACUACCAUGGAGACCCUUGGGGAGCAUGACCCCUGGUACUGUCCCAACUGUAAGAAGCAUCAACAGGCCACAAAGAAGUUUGACCUGUGGUCCUUGCCGAAGAUUCUGGUGGUCCACCUCAAACGUUUCUCCUACAAUAGAUACUGGAGGGACAAGCUUGAUACAGUUGUGGAAUUCCCAGUCAGAGCUCUGAACAUGUCUGAGUUUGUCUGUGACCUGUCAGCAAGGCCUUAUGUGUACGACCUCAUUGCCGUGUCCAAUCAUUAUGGAGCCAUGGGGGUUGGCCACUACACUGCGUACGCGAAGAACAAACUGAACGGGAAAUGGUAUUACUUUGAUGAUAGCAGUGUGUCCCUGGCCUCCGAGGAUCAAAUAGUGACGAAAGCAGCUUAUGUGCUGUUUUACCAGCGUCGAGAUGAUGAGUUGUAUAAGACGACUUCACUCAGUUUUCCUGGAUCCUUUGAUGGAGGGACGAGACCAGGCAGCUUACAGCAGGGCAUGGGGGAUGAUGAAACUUGCAGCAUGGACACCAACUGAUGCUGCCUCAGUGACCCUGCACCACAGCACCAGUGCAAUCCCUCAGGAGAACACCUUUGACACUGAAGACUUGCUAGUGUUCCAUCUAAAAACCGGAUGAGGAAAUUCCUUCUUUUAAUGAGAAAAAAAAAAAAAAGGGUUACGUUAAGAGGCUGAAUUAUUUUUCUUUUUAUACAGGUGGUGAGAAAUUUCUGUAAAACCUGUGGAGCUGCAAAGUAGGGGUCGGGAGGGGGGCACAUAAUGGAGUAUGUCUGAUGGAUUCCAGAGGACGGAGAGGAACACGCUGUCAUUGAGUUUGGUGUGGCCAUGAAGACCUGCCACAGGCUGCCCUGAGUUCCUGGAUUUUUUUUUUUUUUUUUUUUUUUUUUUGCGGUACGCGGGCCUCUCACCACCGUGGCCCCUCCCGUUGCGGAGCACAGGCCCCGGACGCGCAGGCCCAGCAGCCAUGGCCCGCAGGCCCAGCAGCCAUGGCCCACGGGCCCAGCCGCUCCGCAGCACGCGGGAUCCUCCCGGACCGGGGCACGAGCCGUGUCCCCUGCACUGACAGGCGGACUCCCAACCACUGCGCCACCAGGGAAGCCAAUGGAUUUUUUAUUCUGGUGACGAUUACUGUUCGCCCCAGUAGUCUGCCCACAGUAAAUGAAGCCUCGAGUAAAUGAUGUCAUCCCCUUCUCCCUUGCUGUGCACUGAGAUGGGUUUAUAAUACCCUAAAAAUUAGCCACCAAAGCCCAUUUCUGUUUCCCUUUGUGUCAUCUUGGAAUAUCCAGCUUUCUUCUCCCUAAUGAAAUGAAGAUGCUUGGUGUUGGGGUUUCCUGCCCCUCAGUCUCCUGUGGAACCUAGCAGUUCUGUUAUGUCCCCCAGCAUCCUUGAUGAAUUGAGACAGUUGGAUACCCCUCUGGCACUUUUAUUAGAUAUCACUUGGAAGUUGGUACACUAAACUGGGUACUGGGUUGCGUCCAGUCGUUUCUCUCCCUGUUGGCUCGAGAAUGGGAACCUUCCUGGGCUUGGAAAGGGCUCCCAUUCUCGCUGCUGACUUCUGUUAGAAGUGAGAUCCCCAUCCCUCCAGCCGAUUUUCUUUCAGCGAUCUGGCCUCCGCACCCCUGCCCGGGCUGCACUCCCAUGGCCGUUGUGGGAGGCCUGAGUCCCCUGUCCCCUCCGUGCGUGGGGCCCUUGCUUCCCCAUGCGUUGGUUCAAAGAACAAGGUCAUCCGGGCUUUUCUUGUCUGACCCUUAACCUGAGCCGUGGGGGUUGGGCCUGUCAGUCGUGGGCACACGCGACGGAUUGAUGAGGGCGUGCGCAACGACCGUUGGCAGGGGCGGUGGUGCGGAAGCGCCGGCUGCUCGGUGAGGAGCCGGCUGUCGGUCUCCGCUCGGGGGCUGGUCGCUGGCCGCUGGGUGGGGCCGGGCCGGAGCCCGAAGGGGCUGCGGGCUGGGAUGAGGGGCACGGAGCCGGGAGAGGGGGUGUGGUUCCGGCUCCAUCGCUGGUUCCUCCCUCCCGGAGAACCGCGGGCCGCACCUGACCCCACGGGAAAAAAGCGCCGGGAGUGUGGGUUUCUCUGCUCUCCGACCCAUGGCGUGGAUCAAACUUAAGGAAAUUGUGGCAAAUACUCCAUUUAGGGGUGGUUUACAACCUCAUCUGUAACAUUUU